AUGUGUGUUUGUGACCUACAAACUCAUUCCCAUUCUCCGCGGAGGCCGACGAGAGAAGAAGCGAACCCUCGUCGAUCUUUCGCUCCAGAGCUCUCGAUCCCUCCUCGACGCCGGCGCGAUUCCUUCUACCCCGCACGCGAUCGCCGUCUCCGUCGAGCUUCGAUCUUCGAUCUUCGCCUCCUCGCUCGGCAAUCAUGGAGGAUGCUAAUGCAAGCUCACGGCCAGAGGAAACAGUGCAACCGAGUGAAGUUUCAGCUUCUGAGUUUAACAACCUUUCACGACGGUUGGAGGCCCUUGAACAAUCAGUGCGCUAUCUAGAGGAUAAUAUGAGGACCCGGCUUUCCGCGAUGGAGGAGAGGGUGGUGGAACUCAUGAGAAGGAUGGAUGGAUAUAAUGCCUUGCAUAGGAGCUGGUCACAACAUUUAUCAUGGGAUGUGCCAACUGUGUCUCCUAAUCAACCUGCAACCCUAACUUCACCACCCGCAGCUCCGAGGCGGAGGAAAAAGAAAGAAACCUUGAUUGCGAGGAGAGUGAUUCGUCGGUAUCAGAGGCUUGUGAAGUCCAAUUGGGACAGUAAGACCUGCAUAAGGCGUCUCAUCAAGAAGAUACAUAAAAAACGACGGCAAAGGAGUUGAAAGGAUGCCUGAUACCAGUCAUCAUCAUCAGAUCGUAUUUUAUUCGUACCAACUAUUUGCAGCUGGCUACAUGAAUAUCGCCACUCUACGAUCUCUAUGUAAGGCUAUUUCACUUAGGAUGCCCAAAAUAUGCAUAUAAGUGCGAUACUAGGUUCAUUUUCCUUCUACAGGAUCCAGUUUGAUUCCACCUCUAAUUUUGAUGCACUCGUUGGUGAACAUAUUUAUUUUGUUUUGUCAGUGAGAAAGUUGUUAACAUCUUCAUAGGUUUUCUUAUUGAUCUAAGUUGUCAAAAA